AUGGUGCAGACAGAUGCCCAAGCAGGCCCUUCGUCGAGCCACGCUUCAACUUCCAAAGCCGGCGCUGCCUCCUCAUCCGACCUCUUCAUUUCCUACCAGGACAUCUUCGAGCACCUCGAGCUCGCGCGACAUCAAAGGGACGCUCAUCACAUCCAUUCCAUCCUCGAGAAGCGCCGAGAUCAGCUCAGAUCUUGUCUUCAGCCGUUUCCCAUUCCCUCGGCUCCCGACUUUGGCUCCUCCAACAACGACGCUACGCCGCCUGCCACUCUCAAGCUUUCCGAUGGAUCUACACACAAUCUCACGGAGCAGACGCGUCAACUCUGCAAGGCCAUCGCUGCACAGUACCGCGUCUCUCAUCAGGACGCCUUUGUCCUUCUCCAGACGUUCCUCGCCUCCGACCAUCGUCACGCCGAGGGUGUACACGACGUCGUCCGCUCACAUCUCCAGCUCGCUCCAUCCACUCCAGUCAAAGCAAGGGCUCAAAGAUCAAAACCAGCACAGAGCACGCACACGGCAAACUCCGAUUCAGAUCUGCUCGACGCUUUCAACAUUUUCUACUUUGAGGAGCGCAUGUACCUCCUCCGCACCAUCUCGUCAUUGAUCCGCAUCACAGAGGAUCCCAACCACGAAUACAUCGACCUCGCCAACUCGGUCCUCGAUCGGUUCGCCGAUGAACCCUUUGCUCUCGAAUGCACCCGCCAUUUCUCCACUCUGGUCGAUCUCUCCUUACCCGAAUCCAUACGUCAGCAGCCUCGUUACUCUUCCCUCUGGGCAAAGCAAAUUUUGCGAGAGCAGUUCGGCCUUCUCGAGAUCGUCUUUCUCCUCUUUUACGGCAGGCUCUCUCCAUCUCCCUCUUCUCUGCUUGCUCUCCUUCGAGUCGUCCACCACACCGAAGUCGGUCGUCGCCAGGCCAAUUUGGGAUUCUUCGACAAUGAAGCCACAGAGACGCUGGAAUGCGUCAGCCAUCUGCUCGUCCUCAUCGCCGUCGAGUUGCUCUCGCUAGAAGAGGUCAUGGACGGCAUCGACUUGGAAGACGCUUCCGACUCGCACAUCUUCAAACACCCGCAAAGUCUCGAAGAGGCCCUCGACCUUCUCAGCAAUACCUCAGCCGAUCCCCUUCAGGCUCCUAUCCUGCUCGCCUGGGCCCUCGUUCUACACCGUCUUGAAGAUGCUUUAGCGGCCCUCUUCGACGCCUCUGAACUCGACUCCUCCCGUUCAGUCGCCGACUCUGCAGCUCAACUUGCAAAUGUGAUCAGGACCGACGAUGGCGGUCCGCCCCUCUGGAGAAGGUUGGCCCAAGCUGCCUUCGUUCCCGAGCUUCGAUUGUUCGACACACUCAUGUCUUUGCUCGCCUCACCCUUGCUAACCAGCAGCAACGGCGCAAGCACUCCCGCUGUCGCAGGCCCAUCCGCUCUCGCCUACCGUGCCGUCUUCAAGGGUCUCUUGCUCAGCAUCACAGAGCUUGUCAAGCCCGAAUUCCUGCCCAACUUCAGCGCUCUCGUCGCUCUUUGGGAGGCCACUUUUGGCUCCGGCCUCGCGCUUCAGCUGAGCCAGACCGCCAUCGAUGGCGUUGCGGCCCUCUGCGAUCAGUUCUGGCAAGUCGACAGCAGGUACGAGUCAAGAUGCACCACUUUGGACACCGCCAGACGCAGAUGGCCCAUCAGCUUCCGUCCGUUGAUCCUCCUCACAAAAGCCCUCUCUGGACACGCCAGGGUCGACGCACAAGCCAUCUGGCCCUCUCUCCUCGACGGUCGCAUCCGCCAAGAGGCUGAAGAGCGAGCCUGCGCCGCUGUCUUUGACUACCUUGCCAACCUUCCAACCUUCGCUCAGGUUCUUCCGAUGGCGGCCAGCACCCCCAACGCGCCGUUUGAGACCAUGGAAGGUGGCGACUACACUUCGGUCACCUAUCGCAUUACGCGAACCAUGCGCAUUCCAGGCACGCAGAUCCGUCUCUCGCCCGGCACGACCGGCUCCACCAUCUCCGAGCUCGGAAAGGAGCCUGUUAUCGUCCUGUGGAGCCCUGCACGCCCUAUUAGCGCGUGGAAGCUCAUGCGCGACGUCCUCUCGUCUUUCCCGCCGGCUUACGCAGAGAUCCACACCAGCCACAACGAUGCCGAUCCGUUUCGCGAUCACAUGCAGGCUGUAAAUUUUGCCCAGCUUGCCCCUGCCGCCGCCGAUGAACCGUGGGAGGAGCUCGCUUCUGACAUGCUUGACCUCUUCGCAAGCGUCAUUUCCGCUAGCGCAGAUCUCGCAUGGACGCUGCUCGCCCAUCUCGAUGGUCGCGACAUCAACGCCGACGAGCUUUCCCUCGAUUACGAACCAGAGGAGCUCGAGCAAAUCCAAAAGGAGAAGGAAGAGCUCGCGAACGCAAAGAGUCUCUCCUCCAUUGCCGUCACCCUUCUGUCCCACUCACUCGUGGCGGCCCCCAUCAACAUUCGUCUCGUUCGAUCCGCCUUGCGAUUGCUCACGGUGCUCCUGCCUUACGAUCCUGACGCUGUAUGGCAGGAGGUGCGAUCUUCCAACGCUCUCAUCGGAAGCCCCGGCGCCAUACCGUACCUCUCCAAGGGCGCUGCUGGCGCUGGUGCAUCUUCAGUGUCGGCGCUUCUCAACCAGGAGACCGCACGCGCCUCGUACGGCGGCCUCAUCUCGUUGCUCGACUUCCACAUCUCGCUCUUCUCAGAGCUUCGCAGAUCGUAUUCUACCGCUUCCGCAGACGCGCUGGAGAUCAAGACCAGCGUGCUCCUCAGAGCCUACACUUGGCUCUUCGAAUGCGUCUGGCCCGAGUAUCAGAGCUGGCGAUACGUCCGUUUGGCAGACAGACUCGAAAUCGGCACCAAGUGCACUCGACUCCUCCACAUGGCUCUCGAGGAGCGCAGUUGGCGCCUCUCGCCCAUGCCCACACCCGACCUCGUCGACGAAGCCGGACCAGCCGCCGCCCUUGUCGAGGCCGCAGAAAGGAGCUUGGUGAGCCAUCCCAGCAUCAACGGGCUGGCGCCUAUAAUCACUUGCAUUGGCACGGGCCAGCAGCUGCUCGAUGCUCUCAGCAGGGCUGGUAGGCAGACUGACGCGAUCCUGGCCGAGGGUUGGGUCCUGUCUGCUCUACGCCUUGCAACUCUCAUCGUCUCGCGCCGGCGCGAACUCACACUGGACGCUCUGCGCGAUCUCUCGACGCUGCCGGCGGAGACGGCCAAAAAGGCUGUGUCCGCUCGGAUCAACAUGGGUCUCUUCGAACGUCUGUUCUUCGAUCAUACCAUCGUCGCCUCUCGGACUUCACUGGUGAGUGGACGCAGGUCAAAUCGAGUCGAGCUUGCCAGCGCUACGUUCGCCUAUGUGCUGUUCCCCACGUCCACUUCCGUCAGCUCCGAGGCGGCUCACCUUGUCACCUCGGUGCUCAGGACGGCCGCUGACCUUGCCUCAGCAGGCAAAUCGGUUCCCGGACUCAUCGGACACAUGGGCACGCUUGAAGAGCUCGAAGCGACGCUCUCUGGCUUGGUUGACCUGGUUGCCAACCCAAAUCAGGACUUUGCUCUCAAGGUACAGGUCUGGACAAUGCUUGCGGCCAUCGUGGAUACACAACCAGCUCUGGGCACGCUCCUGUUGACCGGACGCCACCUUGCCAUGACGACAGAGAUCCGACUCAACAGGUCAGAGAGCGAUUCAGCCUCCAAAAAGUCUACAUCUGCGGUAGGCGCUGGCGCUAGCGAGUCGACCAGCUCAAACACAGGCCGAGCACUGGAAAAGACCGCGCUCGAUGUUGCUUCCGAGGCCAUCCUGUCCUGGAAAGCCGCAUACAACGGCGUUCCGCAGCUGCUGGAGGCUGUGCUGCGAUUCCUCGACGUGGCUUGGAUCCACGCCUCGGAGCACGUUGCUGCAUUCGACACGAUUCGUACAAACUCGGCCUUCUUCCGUGCUUUGGCGGACGUGAUCUGUGAAGCGUCCGAACCUCCUUCGACUCUUGCCGAUGGCUUUGCCGAUUCCGAGUCCGCCUUACACGCCACCAAUGACUUUGAGGUAUCUGCCUACUGCUACCGCAAAAUGUGCCAGGCGCGCUCCCUCCGGCUUCUCCAGCACGACAUCCAGUUGGGCGGUUUCCUUAAGGACCAGACCAAGGGCGAUUCACCUAGCAAAGCCAGUGUCGAGGCUUUGGUCGACAUUAUGACGUCCUCGCAUCGAUUGCUCACAUCAGUCGAGAAGAGUUUCGCGAUGCCAUGCGAUCCUUCGAUGCGCGUGACCCUGGAGCGCAAGCUGGCGGAACUCUUCCCGACCAUCCCGCUCGAGGCCGUGCGCCAUCCAUCACGCAAAGACGAUUUUGACCUCGACAAACGCUAUGGCGACAACUACCACUUCAGCGCCUCGUCCUUCCGAAACAACGCAGAAGGUCGCAUGCUCGACGGCGAGUUCGGCGGUGAUCUAGCGCUGAUCGAAGAAGGAUUGCUUGCCGUGUAUACCAUCAACAUGGAGUGGAGUCUCAUCGAUGUGCAGAACUCGGUGCUUCAGGCAUGGACGCAGUGCAUCGAGAUGUGCAUGGGCCGCAUCGUUGCGCAGUCACUCAGCAAAAACAGCACGUCUGCGCUCGAAACGGCCGUCAUCACGGGGUGGACUCGUCUCGCAACGCUCGCUGCGGACGAAGGCCGAGAAGGCGACUUCAUGCGUGGUGUUCACUCUACCCGACUUGCGCUUCUGACCAAGUUCAUGGAGCUUGCAUGGGGUUAUCGCGGCAGCAAAGAAUCGUCGACGGCUGAUCAGGUCGUCCAGGCUGCCACACUUUGCGGCCGUCUUGUGACACACCCCUUCUUCCGCGUCGAAGACAGUCUCAAAGCCGCUGUGCCUCCCGAGUUCCAUCGCGACGUCUUUGAGAUGGUGCUAGUGUGCGUCGCUCGUAUUCGAACGCUUUUGUCGUCCGAGGGAGCGAUGGUGCGUCCGAACGACAAGACAAUCGAGAGUCAUAAAGCGCUGCAUGUUUCCGUCGAGCUUUUCUGCCGACAUGUCACAGAUGCCCUACGUAUCAAGAUCGAAACGGCAUUGCGGACACUGCAGACUCCCCAGCGAUACCACAUGGACCUGCAGGUGCUGGAAGACGACCUUGACAUUCUGGUCAGCAUCUUCGAAAUGACGAUCAGACGCGAUCUCGGCGCCGAGAUUGCGGUAUGGUUGGCGCAUGUUCAAGAAACGCAGCUGCUGCAGACGACCAUCAGCCUUCUGGGACGAGCACCAGUUCUGCGACCAGAGAGCGCCAACGGUACUGGCACACCCGCUAAUCCCAACAGCGCCCACCAUGUCGCUUUCAUGAAGCCUCUACUUUCGCUGCUCGUCGCCGUCGCAUCUCAGCCAUCUUCGAGCGAAGAAGUCGCUCUGCAGGGCGCAGUCAAUGCGUUGGCGUCCAACAUGCUCACCGAUUCCCUCGAGGACGGUAAAGUAUCGCCCCUGUUGCUCUCUGGCGACCCUAAUCCAUCUCACGAGUGCUGGAGGCUGAUGCUGCGUGUCGUCGUCGAUCUGAUCGACAACCUCGGCGCGGGGUCCGACAACCCGAACUGGCGAGGCGUCAGUGCUAGAUUCGUCGAAACCGACGUCUCUGGCUUCAUCCGCGUCUACCAUAAGCAGAUCGACCGGGCGAUGAACGUGCACGAGCUGCACGUGCGACUAUCCUCGAUGUCCGGCGCUGUGGUUCACCCGUCUUCGGCGAAUGAUCGCCUUGGUGAAGCCAAAAGCGCAGUCUCUGUCGUCAGUCUGGAGCAGCUGGAAGAGAUCGAGCUCAUUUCGAGUCUACUGUACAGCUUGACACGGAUCGAGGCCGAUCACUUCUCGCGCCAACGCUCUGCCCGAUCCGACCGUGAUGCUGCAGUCCCUUCGAUUGUGCAGCAUCUCGCCGAGACUUCGGCUCGGACUUUGCAGCCUCUUGUGCAUCUGUUGCAGCAUCCCAAUGAGCUCACGAGCCUGCUUGGUCUGGACUCAGCAGCAUCGGACGAGUCCGGCGCCGUGCAAGCAGCGGCUGCGGCCAAAAUUCGCACGAUCGUGUCGGUACUGAUCGCGAGCCUGUGGAAUCACACCGCUUGCACACUGGUCCUGUGUCGUGGCUCAGAUGCUUGGCCCUCGACGGAUUCCGGAUGCGCAAUCGUGCGGCCUACGACACGCACGAGCACUGUGCGCAUCGCCACGCUGGGCACGCUCCUGGAUCUCGGCAGCCAUUUGACAGAUUACAUUCGAACCAAUAAGCAGAAAUUGACGACCGACGACAAGGCGCGAUGCUCAGCAACGCUGGAGCAGGCCUUGGGCCUUGCAGCGAGUCAAGCAGCCAUCUGGGCAGCUGGCAAGUCGAAGGAACAGGCAGAGCAGGCCAGGUUGGAACACAUGGCGCGUCAAGAGCUCGACUCGGGUCUUUCCAGAGACCUUGUGUCUGCGCUGAGAGCGGCCGAAGAGGUUGCCGGCGCAGAUGGCAACCUGUUCUCGCUGAUCACGACGUUUGUCGAGUCCAAGCUGAAUGGCUCGCACUUCUGA